AUGUCUUCGCGAUUCGGCCUCAAGACACCCAAGAUGUUCAUACGGACGCGCUACGAGAAGCUGCCCGGCGGUGACUCGCAGAGCGCCUCGCCGCUCUUCAGGUCCGGCACCUGGUCCAAGGGCUACCGCAGUCCCAUGUGGGCGAACCGCCUGCAGCGCCCGCGCAUGUCCUUUGCGCGCAUCAUCAUGCUCCUUGUCGUGUCCAUUUUGAUCGUCUCCAUGACGGUCACAGGUAUCGUGAAGCAGGUCCGCUUGAAGCACCACCACAAGGGCGACGACCGAAAACUGUACCAUUGGGAGCACUACCCGAGGUUACGCGGUCUUUUCAACGGCGUGCGCACUCUUGUUCCCCAUAGCGACUACGUGUCGGAGCAAAACUUCGUCAAGUACUCGCAGAGCGCCAACCCUGAGGACAACAUCAAGCAGAGGUGGCCCGUGAUGGACAAGGAGCACAAGGAGCCCCCAAUGGAUCCCAUUCGCUUCAGCCCUUACCCCAAGUUCGAUUCUAAGGACUAUCUCAAGACCCACGAGGAGGUACACACCUGCUACCUUGAUGAGGACGAGAAGGUUGAGCUACCUGACAUAUACGCCUAUCCCGGCAUCCCGCAAAAUCAAACCAACCCCUCUUUCGGCUCAUAUGAAGAGCUCGGUCUGAAUGACAAGGUCUGCUUUGAUCGUUUCGGUCGAUUCGGUCCCUACGGCUACUCUUAUCCCCGCGAGCAGGGUGGCUUUGGUCUUGCUGACAAGUCGGAGAAGAACGGUGCGGACAAAAUCUGGAGCACCGAGCCAAAGAUCGACUACACAAAGGUCAGCUGGGGCAAGGCGCAGAAGCGCUGCUACGAAAAGAAUAAGGCUCGCUUCCUCAAGAACGUCACGCAAAGCGACAGCGAAGAGAACCAUGUUCAGAAGAAGAAGGUUCCCCGUCAUGCAUACAUUCUUCGCACGUGGACUGGGUACAAGUACAGUGAGCAGCAGAUUCUCACCAUCCGCGCCAUGAUCAACGAACUUUCCUUGAAGUCUGGCGGCGAGUACGACGUCCACUUCUUGCUCCACGUCAAGGAUGAUAGCAUACCCAUCUGGUCGUCCGAUGAGUUCUACGAGAAGACCAUCCGCGACAAUCUUCCCGAAGAAUUCUGGGGCAUGGCUACGCUGUGGUCUGAGCAACAGAUGCGCCUCUACUACCCUGAGCCGUUCCCCAACAACGUCUACAACCACGCCAAGGCCCCUGUGCACUCGGUUUACCGCAGUGCUCACUUCCCUCUGCAAUGGUUUUCCCAGGUUCACCCCGAGUACGAUUUUUACUGGAACUGGGAAAUGGACCUCCGGUUGACUGGCCACUACUGGGAGUUCAACACCAAGAUUGGCGACUGGGCGCGCAGGCAGCCUCGCAAGGGCAUGUGGGAGCGUGCGUCCCGUUACUACAUUCCCGAGCUCCACGGAUCCUGGAAAAACUUCACCGACAUGGUGGAGGAAGAGAUGUACAACAGCGACGAGAAGCCGGUGUGGGGACCACCUAAGUUUGAGAACACCGGUAUGCUCGAGAGCCCACCAGAGACUGAGCCUCCGCGAACUUACUUGGCCGACAAUUAUCAGUGGGGUAUUGGCGAAGAUGCCGAUCUGAUCACCUUCAACCCAAUCUUCGAUCCAGCCAAGACCAACUGGGUGUUCCGCGACGAUGUUUCUGGCUACGACCUUGAACUUCCGGAGCCACCUCGACGAUGCGCUAUCAUCACCGUUUCCAGAUUAUCCAAGCGCUUGCUCGAUCUCAUGCACCGCGAGACAUACCUCAUGAGGCACCACAUGUUCCCAGAAAUGUGGCCUCCUACGGUCGCUUUCCACCAUGGUCUCAAGGCAGUGUACGCUCCACACGCUGUCUACUUCGACCACAACUGGCCUCUCGAGUCGCUCGAUGGAACGUACAACCAUCCGCCAAAGCCUACUGACAGCGUGUUUGGAUGGGGAGAGCACAACCAGCUUGGCAACAGCUUCUACUACAACGCCGGUUUUUCAUCAGAACUCUGGAGACGGUGGUUGGGAGGCCGCGAGUACGACCAGGGAGGACCAAUCGAGGAAGAAAACGGUACCGGCCGGCUGUGCCUCCGCCCGACACUGUUUCAUCCCGUCAAACACGAGAACCUUAACAUAUGA